CAUCGUGGCGUUGGUCUCUCCCUGAGUCACGCGUCACAUGACGGGAAAAAAAACAACAAAAAGAAGGUGUAAUAGAAAUUCAACGGAGUUACAGAGAAGGAGCAGCAGAGGAGCGGAUUAAACUGUCGUUUUUGUAGCUCGGCGUAAUUAAAAUGCCCAUGCUGUGCGGAGGGACCACAGAGGCGAAGGAGGCAGACGAUGAAGUUCAGAGAAUCUGUAAUGAGGUGAAGCCUCACGCAGAGGAGAAGGCAGGUAAAAAGUUCGAAGUUUUCACUGCCAAAUCUUACAAGUCACAACUUGUAGCAGGGACGAACUAUUUCAUCAAGGUCCAUGUAGGUGGUGAUGAGUUCUUGCACCUGCGUGUUUAUAAGAUGCUGCCUUACGCUGGUGAAAAGCUGGAGUUGCACGGCCUGCAGACGUCUAAAGCCCACCAUGACCCCAUUGAAUACUUCUGAACUCAGUUUCCCCUUAACAAACCGUACUAACAUGUUAACACAGGCUGUGCCACAGAGGGACCCUUGUGUGACACUGUAAUCAUCACACAUCUAAUCACAAUAUAGCUGUUGUUUAUUUUGUGUUUUGUACCAGUUUUAUGAACUGAAAAGAAAUUUGAACAGCGGCUUUUGAACCAACAGAAAGAGCUGUAUAAACAACAGACCAGAUCUGCGUGCUGUUUAUGGCCUUAUAAUUUUUUUUCAACAUAAAUAAUCUGUCAAACCUAACACACUUGCUUAUUAACAAAUACUUGCACAAUGCUAAAACAUGUUAAAAGGGAAAUAUGUGGAAAUAUAUUUGUAAACACAAGAAUUGCGAUACUUGCAGUGAAAUGACUGGAAAUUAAAAAAUAGCGCAACCUUUGAGUGCAAUAAAUAACAAGGGUAAACUG